AUGUGGUGAGCAUGCGCCCCGGUGCGCUUCCCAGAAUCUACCAGUUUGUUCCGACGUUGUAUGCCAGGUCCGUCAUAACGGUUCGAAAUUUUGGCGCCAAACUGCCAACAACAGGUCGCAUCGACGUCCAAGUCUCGAAGUACCCAGCGCGGUUAGUCGUCCCUUGCCGUCGCCACGGAACAGAUGCUGGAAGGUUCUUCGCUGCCAGCGCCCCUUCGGAAGCUGUUGUUGUUGUUGAGCAGUUGUGUGUAGGACUGGGUGCUGUCUGUCGGCUCAACCAGCCUUCUCCAGCUUCCAUCGAGAAGAGGCUUUAGUCGUAAUCUUGGCGCGACGCGGAUCGGACGUUUUUCUCAAAGUGGCGUCGGGGCCUCGGCGUGACGGAUCGGCAACGGAUUGUGGAAUCGGUUUGGAAGUAGGAAAAAAAGAACAACGCAAGGAUGACGCGGGGUCGUCUAAUUGGGUGAUUACGCGGUUUGCGCGGAUGAAUUUCUAAGAAGAGUCGGUGAGUGAGCCAGCUGAACAAUUGCCGAUUGUUGCUCUGUGUAAAGAGGCGGGUCAACCGAGGUUGAGGUCAAGGGAGAGUUGGAUGAAUGAAGGAAAAAAAACCGACACACGUACGGAGAUCGAAAUGAUUUGCGUAAUUUUGAUUGGAAAUGAGUUGGUUGGGAUGCUGUGACGAGUUGGCGACGAGUUGGCGUGGGUGGUGAUUGUGUGAUGCGUUGAUUUGUUUUUGUCUGAGGAAAAAAAAGGAGCAGAUUGUUACAUGUUUAUGUGUUUUAUGAUAAUGAAAAAUAAAAGUGAUUAUUGCUGGAAGUAAAAAAAUUUGGAUAAAUCCUACUAAAAACAACAGUUAAGAAAAAAAUUUACUUCAAUAUUAAAAAAAUGACAAUGUGAUUAGAUGUUUGCUGGUGUUAAAUAUUAAAAGAAACAACUCAGUUGAAACAGUGCAUCCAUUAUAAAUAAUAAUAAGAUACAACAAUCCCAACGUGCACAUGCAAGGAGUGAGUGCCAAUCUCGUUCCCAAGUAGGGCCCCAGUGCAGGUGAUUAUCGUGGCCAUUUUUCCUCAACACACACUCACACCCCUUUACUGGUCGGAGGAGGGGUGGCGCAUAAUUAUAUCGUGGUGUUUAAUGGUGAAUGCAAAAUUACAACCCUCUCCCUGCCUGUUUCUGGCUUUUCCGGGGGUAAUUUUCAACCGAGUGAAAAUAUGUGAAAAGUGCUGGAACCUGCUAGGCAUGAAUCAAAAAAGAAGCGGUAAAUUCUGUGUAAAUUUUCAUAUAGUGGUGGUCGAUUAAAAACUGCGUGGGGGAAGCCAUACAAAUUGAUGUAUUAAAUAUUCAUAAUUAAUCGAAACUGGAAGCUGCAUGUUAUAGUCCUCGUGAAUCAGUGUGUGCGUGUGCAAAUGUAAUUGAAAAGCCGAAAAGGGGUCUGAUUUAAUUGGAAAUAAAUUGCGAGACCGGUAAAAGAAUUCAAAGUGAAUGUGUUAUAAAGUUAUUUCCCGAAAGCAACAUUUCUGCAGAUUGCACUCACAAUCAAAUAAAAACUUAAUUAACGUCAGACAACGAGAGGUGCGCUUUUCCCAGUUUUCCGCUUGGAUUACGUCGCAGAUUGACCGAUCUCGAUGCCACUUUGCUCCCACUAUAGAUUAUGACACACACGCAACAAAAGCGUAAAUCUGUUCAUCCUUGCACAUAAAGGGACACACGAUGGACCAGCUUCUCCCCCGUAAGCCCCGACGUCAACCGGCGUCCACUGGCUGUUCAUCAUACAUCAUCCAAGGUGGUGGCACUUUUAACGAUGGUGAUGGUUCCCCGGGGAGCAGCAGCACGGAUUGCGGAGUACGUUGUUCAGGCCGAUGGUGCAGGGUGUGAAACAAAAAAAAAAGACCUACACGACUAUUGUAUGCACUUGGGGAGACAGUAAAGGCAAGGACAGUCUACGCCCACACCCCCCCAGAUUGCAUUAUAUCCUGCAGACGUGGACAAAUGAGACCGGAAACGGAUUGCAGAACGAACGAGAGCGGAAAUCAAUGCUGCCACAGCUGGUGAAAGCUGGUGACCGUAUUGAAGGUCGUUGAGACAUUUUUAACUGAAAGGAGACCAACCAUCAUCAUCGUCAUCACCGCCGCUUGCGACCGUGAAACGCCAUGAAGUCCUUCGUCCCGGUCUCCAUCCUGCUGCUGGCGGCACUCCGUUCCGGUUUGGGCUUGGGCGAAGCCCAGGUCGGCAGCGGUGCCCCAGCCUCCAAAACCCCCAGCGACGACAACGGUUCCAGUUCACCGGCCAACGGGACGACGAUGAUUUAUUCUGCCUCCUUCUUCACCGGGGACCAUAAAAACAACAUAUCAACGUGGACGCAGUGGCCGCGACCACCACCGGUGGCAACCCUGGUCAAGCGCGACGUAAUUAAAGUGCGAGAAACUCCAUUAUCGGCGUCAUCGACAGCUGAACUAGCGGCCACCGUAGACAUGGCAUCCUUCUCCUCCGCGAGUUCGACGACGACGACGACGGCCGGCAAUCCUAAUGGGUCCAUUUGUUCUGCCACCGCGGAGCCAACCGGAAGCUGUCCGGGAGGCAAACUGGCGGCACCAACGGAAAACCUCACCGUCACGACCCCGGGUUACACAAUCGUCAAUUUGGACGGUCACAACGAUGUCCUGUGCGACGAGGAUGCAGACGAGUACGGAGGUGCGGCGGGCGCCGCUGGUGGCACGCAGGACGAGCAGUACUACGAGCACUGCUUUAUCGAUCACAACGUGACCUGCGUCGGGGAUCCGCUGUACUGCAACCUGACGUACGAAGAGUACCGGCAGCUGUUGCUGGACUACAUCUAUCCCAGUACCGCCGAGUGGAUCCUGAUCGCGUCUCACACUGUGGUGUUCAUCAUGGGACUGGUCGGAAACGCGCUGGUUUGCAUCGCGGUCUACACGAACCACACGAUGCGCACCGUGACGAACAUCUUCAUCGUGAACCUGGCCGUGGCGGACUUUUUCGUGAUCCUGUUCUGCCUGCCGCCGACCGUCGUCUGGGACGUGACCGAAACGUGGUUCAUGGGCAAGGCCAUGUGCAAGGUCGUCAUCUACUUUCAGACGGUUUCGGUGACGGUGUCGGUGCUCACGUUGACGUUCAUCUCGAUUGACCGCUGGUACGCGAUCUGCUUCCCGCUGCGCUACAAACCCCGGCCGGAACGUGCCUGGCGGUCCAUCGCCGUUAUCUGGCUGAUUGGCUUCCUUUCGGACCUGCCCGAGUUUCUGGUGCUGACGACCCGGCGGAAAAAGCUGCGCUUCGACAUCAAGCUGUUCACCCAGUGUGUGGCCACCUGGGACAACGAGAAGGAGAAAACGUUCUACAUUGUCAAAUUCGUGUUCCUGUACUCGCUGCCACUUCUAUUCAUGACCGUGGCGUACUUCCAGAUCGUACGGGUGCUCUGGCGGUCCGACACCAUCCCCGGCCAUCGGGAGUCCCGGACGCAGCCAUGUGGACUUCACGGUACACGGACGACGCUGAACUGCGUGGGCAACACCAGCACCAUGGGCCAGCUGAGGGCCCGCCGGAAAGCGGCCAAAAUGUUGGUGGCCGUGGUGCUCAUGUUUGCCGGGUGCUACUUCCCGGUGCACAUGCUGAACGUGGCUAGAUACACGUUCGACAUCGGCCAGAGUGACAUCGUGGCGGUACUGUCACUGUUCUCCCACUGGCUCUGCUACGCCAACAGUGCUGUCAAUCCUGUGAUUUAUAAUUUUAUGAGCGGCAAAUUUCGUCGUGAGUUCAAGAACGCCCUCGAAAAGUGUCACUGCCUGCGGAACCCACGGAGUCUUGGGGGUCGCGUCGGCGGUUACGAUGACCGGUCGAUGUACCACACGGCCACGCGGAUGAACGCCAGCCCCAGCACCCGGAGCAACUACCACCUGACCAGCGUAAGAAACGUUAGCAUUAAGCACACCCAGCAAACGUCGUUCAACGGAAGUCGGCACCUUCACCAUGGCCGGAACAGCAUCAAUCAUCCGGGCAGCCUGACCGGUGCACCGCAGAUUUCUCCCAUCUCCAUGGAGGAACGGUUGGCGCUGACGAAGAACAUGGACAGCAUCGGCAGCGGGGAGGGGGGAUUGACGGUCCCCAGCAAUGCCACCGCAGCUGCCAUCAACAACAACAACAAUGGCGUCGCAAAUGGCGGAUCAACGACGACGACGGCGGCGGGUCCGGAAGGUGGUGGCGCCACCAUGCUAAUGAUCGUCAACAAAUCGACCAACUGCAAGAUUAACGGCACUUGACGGGCCAAGCUGCACGUUUCCUGGAAAAGAAAUCGCACCGGCGAAUCGGUGCCGACGAUGCAGCUAAACUGAAGACCAUCACUCCUCUACAAACUUCGCGACGACUCAUUGAUUGACCACUUGAGUUACCCCCUACAUAGCUAAGAAAAGUCGACCAACUGGCACCACUGACGACAAACGUCAAACGAGGCAAAUCGAAGUGCUGCUUCGUCUUCAGCAUUACUCUAUGACCACCAUUGAAGCGAUUUGCGGUGAAUGCAAUUCGAAGCAGAUGCUGUGGGAUUGUAAAUUGUAAAUUUGCGCAGCCAAUAAGCGGUAAUGGACUCUGGGAAUGAAAUUACAACACCAAGAUGGUGGUGACGACGAUUUGGCGUGGGUGGCGCGGUGGGAAGAUUGAUGGUUGUCGUCAAUUGUUCGCUAAUUAAUGGCUGUGGGCAAAGUGAGCUUUAGCGCCAACAAUGGGACAUUAUUGUGAUGCUUGUUGUCUGUCCUGGGGUUAAUAAUCAUUGUUUUGUCGACACCACUUAUUAGCAGUUUUUGUUUUGGAAGAGUCCCCGCAAACGUCAAACCAUACAAAAUUUCGUUUCUUUUCCAGAAAUAUUUUCCGAAUCUUUUGAGCAAACAUGGAGGAAUUCUUGUGCUAACGGUGCUAACUCUCAUGGUAAAUGUCAAAGCUCACGCUUACUCCAUUUUGGGACAGCUGUCAGAAAUUUUCACCAAAAUGACGAUGUGGCGCAACAGAAACACUUGACGUGGACUCUUUAUUUAUUACAUGCAGUUAACGUAACCAAACAUUUUCAGCAAACCAUCUCUGUAAAAAAAAAUCAUAAAUUGUCCCAAAAUGGCGUGAGUGCCAAAGCUGGUUUGACAUUUACCACUAGCGUUAGCACGGUGUUGAUAAACAUCUGGAUUUGACUAGAUCGUUUUGUUGCAACCCCAAAAAGCGUUUAUUUUGUCGAAAAAAUAAGCAAAAGGACAAAAAAAGCUCACGUGAAAAAGAGCAAAUCUGCUGAGAAACCUUGACAUGUGAUAAUCCCACGAAAUGAGAACAUUUUGUCACAGCUCGACCAUGCUCUUGAGUUGCAUCUGCCAUCGCAAAAAGAAAUAAAAUCUGAGAGGGGUGCAGAGAGAAAAAGUGUACGAAAACUUAUUUUACAACGAGCAAUUUGAUAAAAGAUGACGAAAACCGUUUACAGAAAAUUUUGUAAAUAAAAUAUAAAAGAUAAAUUAACUAAGGAAAAAAUGGUUCCUCAUUUUGUCAAUAUCCGGGUUGAAUCACUAGACUCGGUAAGAAAAUGUAACAAACAUAAAAAUAAAUCUAGGCUAGUCAAACGCUGUAAAUAUGAAAUGUAAACUUCAACAAUACAACUCAAAGCAAAUUCCUAAAAGAAAAGUACGUAUAAAUAUAGGAAUAAAAAAAACUAGUAUAUAUUUUCGUGUUUUGUAAUCAUAAUGCAUAGUCUUAGCGUAAGAUCUCUUCUUCCACAUUUCUCCCUCCACAAAAAAGUAAAGUGAAGGCAACAUGUAACUUCACCAAAAAUCUUGUAAAUGCUAUCAAUUUUGCGCUUAAGAAAAGAAGCUGUAAAUAAAAUUUAUGUACCGCAUUUUUAUGACAUAAAACGACUAUCGAACAAACAGAACGGCGAGCUUGAAGGAACAUCACUUACAAAAAAACAACAAAACAAAAUAAAUAUAGACAAACACAAACAAGCUACUGGCACUCGAGAACCAAUCGCAACAGCAACAUAAACAAUGCUAGAAAAGGAAGAUAGAUGUUCUUGAAACUGCUAGUGAGAGAUUGAAAAAAAACAAUUGAAAUAACUUUGUAUUUACCUGAAAAGUAUAGUUUGUUAUGAGAACGCUGCAGAGCGAGAUAAAAUUACUAUACAAUUUGUUAGAGAUGAAAAAAAAAUGACACGAGGAACGGCUUGAUUUUCACAUUGUUUUCAAUUAAAUCAAUAAAAUGGAAUGCUGUCUAUAUUCUUA